GCGUCACUUUGCGUCCCCGUGUUUCUUUUCCCUUUUGUCACUCGUGAGGAACUGGUUUUGCCACAUGCUUCGCUCGUGUCUCUGUUAAUAGGCAGCUCUCAACAGCACGUUCCGGACUUGCUGGACUCUCGUUCCCGGAGCGCGGCGCACCUGAGCUUCGGUUGCCAUCAUGAGUCUCUCUGGGGAGAACGAGGAGCCACAUUCUGCCCCGGACCCGAGGACCGAAAGGUCGGCGUGAGUUUUACGCGGCUGCGCAAAAGUGACCCUUCUGAUCUCUACAGGUUUCCUACACUCUCCAUGGACGUGUAAAGGUCGUGCGUCGUCGCGCUCAAAACCCCCACCCGUCGCUCGGUCGGCGCUGCCUUACGCCGCUUCCCUACGGCAGCACGGCCGUGAGCCAAGGUGCUUCACGUGGAAAAGGUAAACGGUACACGAGGGGACGAGAGCGUGACGCUCACCGGGAGCUCUUUCUCUGUGUCCCGGUCAAAGAGUCCAGGUGGGGAGAGCAGGGUCGCCUGUGCCCAGCUGUUCCUCCGAGACGAGCGAAAAGCCCACGAGUUACCCGGCGGAUGUGAACGCAGCACUUCGCGAUGCUUCGAGGGGUGGUAGCAAGAGCGGAGGCUGAGCGGAAGCCGAUCUCACGUGUGAUUCGCAGAGUCCGGCCGCAGAGAGCAGGGACACCUGUGGCCAGCUGCACGUCCAUGAAGACUGACAACUCCAUGGACUAUCCCAUCAAUUUAAAGGGAGAAGAGGCGCGUGAUUCCAGGCCGAGACAACCCGCGGAUCCCGACAAGACGGACCGGUCUACGUACUUCGUGCUCGCUCUCGAGUCUCUCCAGAGCGCUCUCGGGAAGCUCACGAAGGACGAGCUGACAGAGUUCAGCAGGCAGGUGAGCCAACAUUACCCAGAAUGCUUUGAGGCUCUGCAGGACACAGGCAGCGCGAUCAUCCCUGAGAAGAUGAUGGAGGCCUGGGGUGAAGAGAGGGCUCUGAAGAUCACACUGCACAUCCUGAGGAACAUCAACCAGAUGGACCUUGCACACUCGCUGGAGAGAGAGGAGCAGAGGAAUCAGUCAAUAAAAAUAGGCCAACAGAAACUGAAGGAGCAUCUGAAGAGAAGGCAUGAAUGCGUUUCUGAAGGCAUAGCAAGGCAAGGGAGCUCAGUCCUCCUGAAUGACAUCCACACAGAGCUGUGCAUCACCGUGGGUGGAAGUGACCUGGUCAGUGAAGAACAUGGCAUGAGUGCGGUUAAGGGGACCUCGGUUAAAUGCAACGAUAUCUUUAAGCGCUUGGCUGGGCGCCCGAAAGCCAUGAGAACUGUGCUCACAAAGGGCAUUGCUGGCAUCGGAAAAACCAUCUCUGUGCGGAAAUUCAUACUUGACUGGGCCGAAGGAAAGGCCAACGGACAUAUUAAUUUCGUUUUUCCUCUUUCUUUUCGUGAUCUUAACCUUCAAAAAGGUAAAAAAUGCAGCCUUCAGCAACUGCUCCAGUUGUACUUUCCAGAACUUAAAGGACUUGAAAGUGUUGACCUGGAUGAAUUGAACGUUUUGCUCAUACUUGACGGUCUGGAUGAAAGCCGACUUUCUCUAGACUUCCACAACAACGACAACUUGUUUGACGUAAGACGGUCAGCAUCUUUAGAUGUGCUGCUGACCAACCUCAUCAAGGGGAACCUGCUCCCAUCGGCCCUCCUCUGGAUAACCUCCCAACCAGCAGCAGCCGCUCGAGUCCCAGCUGAGUGUGUCCACCGCGUGACUGAGAUACAUGGGUUCGGAAAGCCUCAGACAAAGGAAUAUUUCCUGAAGAAAGUCGGUGACGUGGACCUUGCCUACAAAGUGAUGUCGCACAUAAAGAAAUCAAAAGGUCUCUGCACCAUGUGUCACAUACCAGUGUUCUGCUGGAUUUUAGCUACAUUUCUUGAGCCUACCAUGUCAGGUGAGAGCGAGAGCAGAGAAAUCCCCACCACUCUUACACAAAUAUACAUAAGCUUUGUCCUUAUUCAGACCAACAUGAAGAAGGAGAAGCAUUCCGAGAGCAGAGAGCCAGACCUGAAGGUCCUGUCACAAGAUGACAAAGAACUCAUUCAGAAACUGGCCAAGUUUGCAUUUCAUCAGCUGGAAAAGGAAAACUUUGUGUUUUAUGAGGGAGACCUGAAAGAGUGUGGGAUUGACGCUACUCAAGCUUCAUUGCACUCUGGGCUCUGUACAGAGAUCUUCCCAGAGGAAGAUGUGCUCGUUCAGUGCAAGGCGUACAGCUUUGUGCACCUCAGCGUCCAGGAGUUCUUGGCUGCUCUCUAUGUGUUCAAUUCAUAUGCAGACACAUACAAGAACCUCCUUGACCCUGAACCAAGGACAGGUGCCCCACAUCGGGAGAAGUGUGCAAGAAUAACAUUGUUUGACUUGCACAAGAGUGCAGUGGACAAGGCUCUGGGCAGUAAGAACCCUAACCUGAACCUCUUCCUGCGCUUCCUUCUGGGGCUCUCGCUGGAGUCCAGGAAAGGUCUCCUACAAGGUGCGUUGGCACGGACUGAGAGCGGGCCACUCGAUCUGCAGGAAACAGCUCGCUACAUCAUGGAGAAGAUGAAGGAGAACGUGUCUCCGCAGAUGACAAACGAGCUCCGCUACUGCUUAAAAGAAAUGGAGCACGUGUGUCCCGAGGAAAGAGGCAAUCUAACAAUGACUUUAGCGGACAGGAAGAACACGAGACGUGACGAGGAGGAGCUGGAAGACGGAGGAAGUGUCUUGCAGUGAUUUCCCUUCGUUACACUGCUUUACUUAUCCGCAGUGAAGCCAAAGAGACGCAUUGAGCGGUAAAUAGUCAAGUGACUUCUGGACAAUGACUCAAAUCGGUUUUGUUCAAUGCAUUGUGUGCAUGUCUGAUCACAACUGGUGUCUGUUUGGAGCUCAUAAUCUGGGCACCGUUGUAUUUGUGUUGCACUUGCAUCCAGUUACAGCCACAGCACUGUCCCCUCAUUCACAGCUCAUUCUCAUACGUCUGCAUGUCAUUUAUAGCACGUUAAAGUUAUCGCUCUUUACGAUUAUUUUAUGUUUCACGUUUAGAAAGAAAGCCACUCGUCAGUGUCGCCCGCAGUACAUGGUUUCCAUGAUAGGCGUUAGAGGAGGGAGAAGCAGGAGAUUCGGCUCCUUUCAUCAUCUUUAACUUUUUGAACGACGCUUUUUGAAAAGGUGAUCUUCCGUGCCGAACUUAGUUAUCCGCUCGUCUCCACAACAGGGCGACGCGACACACACCUCCACAGCACCACUGAGCCGCUCAGCUCAACGCAAAUGUUUGUUUGCAAAAUCACUGAACUCUAAUGGAGUUUUCUGCAAUGUCAGCGCACUGUGGAGGAGCAGGUGGAGCGCGAGACGGAAAGGGGCACCAACCGAACCGUGACGCAUUGCCCUUUUCGACAGGUGAUCAUGUCAGUCAUGCUACUUUGAAAUCCAGACGUUGCCCUUUAACCUCACACAUGCUGCGAGAAGUGUGUUUGGGGAGGAUACGUCUCUCUUCACUGGGACGUCCAUGAUGGAAUAGAAAGAAGAUGGGAAGUAGCAGCCUUUGCUCCUCUUAGACUUGCCUGCACAUUUAGAAGGUAGAAACUUUCUGGGAAACAAAAUGGUCUCCAAGAGCUGAAGGAGACAGAAAGAGCUGGAAUAGCAAAGAUGCGAUGGAUGUGCACAGAGCCGAGAGAAAGACACGAAUGAACCAGAGCAAGUACAUUUCGCAGGAAGCGCUCUGGGCAGAGAGUGUGGAGCAAAGAGCUUCUUCUGUGCCAUGGUGUUUGGGUCUCCGCUGUUGUGGCGAAGAAGAGUGGAGUGACAGAGAACAAGAGAAAGUCAGAAAGGAGGAGGAGGAGAAGGAGGAAAACUAGGAGAAAGAGCCAUUAGGAGAGAGAACGAGGAGGCUGUGCUCCGCUCCGCUGCACCACGGUCCCUCCAGUGAAGCAGGUGAUGCCCCACAUUCCACAAGUGUGUGUCCCUUUUCUGUUGAGGGAGCAGAAGACUGACUCUUGAUGGACUGUAGAGGAAAAGUGAGGAUAAGAAGGAGAAGCGGAGACCCCACGGCGACCGGUACGGUUCCUCAUUAAACUUCAUUGCAACGCCAGGGUUCUGUGCUCAGCUCCAGGGUAAAAGUGUGGUGUUCAGGUAGAGAGGAGGUCACUUCCUCAGCAGGGAACAUGUCGCGAGGUGUGCAGAAUGUGGGACGAGAGCCGGUGGCCCUGCUUCUGGAGCCGAAGAGCAGGCAUGAGCAGCAGGUGUGAGCAGCAGAUGUGCGUUUCAUUCCUGGGCCAAAAUGUUGUAAGGAGCAGCAGCAGUACAAGGCUGUGAGUGCAGAACUGUGCUGCCGGGUGUGAGACAGCGUGGUGUUACCGUGUUCCUUCCAUUGGUUCACAGUUUGUUUUCACGUCCUUACUUUUUGUCUUUUACAGCCCUGUCUUGGUUCUGUGUUGUACUUUCUGUCUAUUAAAAGUGUGACAUGCCGCCCGAGGCACAC